GAAAACCUGAAAUCAACGGCAAUGAUGAAUAGUUACUCGAUGAUCAUAGCUCAACAACAAUUAUCGGAAGCAGCUAUACGCAUUGAAAACUUGGAAUUCUUGUUUCUCCAACACUAUACAAAAGACUGGUCAGAUGAAGAGAAAGCAGCGUUGCAGGAUCCUUGGGUACGAGAGCUUUGUAUACAAGCCUUUAUUCAAGACCUCUGGACGAGUCGUUUUCGUAAAGCUCCUGUUGAGUAUUACAGUUGGCCGCUUGAUAGAAGAAAAUCGUUUCUCGGUCGUGUACCCAACGAAAAUCAUCUUUGCAAGUCGUUGAUUGUAGAAAAUACCAAAUACGUUGAAAAGUUUGCAACUCCGGUCUAUUAUGAGAAAUAUUAUUGCUGUAUUAUACAAUAUUCUUCUAAAUUGAAUUCAGAAGCGGUUUCUCGUCUUUUUCGCAAGCACAUGUCUCACGUACCUAGAAAAUAUUUCAACUUUCAAUUCGCUUAUGACUGUGAAAGCAUAACAGGAUAUCCAUUCAAUGCAGUUACUCCGUUGGGAAUGAAAAGAAGACUUCCUGUAAUAAUAUCCAAUGCUAUAGUCGAUCUAGAUCCUCCUUUUAUAUGGUUGGGUGGUGGAAGAGAAGAUGUCAAAUGGUAUGUGAAUGUUGCACAACUUGUCGAUGCAUUCGGUGCAAUUGUGGCUGCAAUCGAUGGAACCAGUGGUUAGAGUCAACGGCUCUGUUUUGAAAAAGGAAUAGGAAUGGAUAUACUUUGAUUAAUAAACUUUGUUCAUCACAU